AUGCUGUCAUUCCUUGAUCAACAAACCACUGCUACAAAAAUAUUUUCUGAGGAUCAUAUCUGCAACACCUACCCAGGAAAAGAAGAAAUAAGCUCAAAAAAUUACAAUCAUUUUCAAGCAUUGCUUAUAAGUCUUAUACACCACAGUUUACGCUUUCAAGAUGUGGACUAUUUGUAUUUUUUUCUCUUUGUUAUUCAAGCUGUUUUCCUUACACUUACAUUAAUCAGAAAAUCUAGGAGCAAUAUUUGUUUUAAAAAUGGAACUAUUUCCUACUUAGCCAAGAAAUGUGUUAGCAUAGUGAUAAACAAUGUACUUUCAAUGGUAAACAUUGACUUAAACCGUACGGAUUCAGAUGGGAAGGCUCCUUUACAUUUUUACGCAGAGAAGAACAACGUAUGUUUUGGGGAGUUAUCCUUAAUAGGAGGAGCGGAUGUUAAUGUCAAAACAACAGGGCUUCUGCGAGAAAAAUCUCCACUAUAUAUUAGCGCUGAAAAUGGUCACAAAGAUUUUGUUCAGCUCCUUUUAAAAUGGAAAGCAAAUGUCAAUGAAUUGAAUGGUAAUGAAAAAAAAUCAGCUUUACAUGUGUCUAUUGAACGCGGAUAUGUGGAAAUAGUGGAUAUUCUGUUGGAUGCAGGCGCUGAUGUAAAUCUGGCUGACGGGAGAGGUGAGACAGCUUUACGUUAUGCUGUUAGGCAUGGUAGUUCAAAACUUGACAAGAUGCUUUUUAAAAAAGAUACGAUUAUUCGUCAUGCUAGCAAUAAAAGAGAAACGGCUGACUUGACUAAUUGGACAGCUUUAUAUACUGUUGCUGUUAAAGAUAGUAAGAGACUCAUCCAGUUGCUUUUAGAUAGAGGCGCGGAUCUUAACAGCACUGAUAACUUUGGUACAACAGCUUUACAUUACACAUCACAAGACGGAUCAAAUGAAAUUGUCGAUUUUUUACUUCAAGCUGGAGCCUCAGCAGAUAUCAUAGAUAAUAGUGGUCAAACAGCUUUACACUAUGCUGUGAAGUACGCACAAAAUCCCGUAACAGCCUUAACAUUGUUAAAAAAGACACGUGUUUUUGACAUCGGAGAUAUGUAUGACAAUACAGCUUUACACUACAGCUGUCGGGGCUUUCUUAAAGAAUUUGUCGAGGCGUUACUGGAAGCUGGAGCUGAUGUUGACCGCAGAGGCCAGUUCGGAAGUACCCCAUUGCACUACAGUGUAAUGUACAAGCAGAUUGAGACCAUGAGACUACUUAUCCAACGAGGCGCUACUCUUGACAUUGCAGAUAACAACGGUCAGACAGCUUUGGAUGUGGCCAUUAUGUUUUUAAACGAAGAAGCAUUUGCUGUUCUAAGACAACAUGGCGCUAUGUCAUCAGCAGAGAUUAAAGAGAAAAACACCAGCACAGUUGUGGACUGUUCAACGUUUACUGAAGUAAAAUCAAUGACAGAAACAACUUCAUCACCAAGUUUUGCAACGCCACCAGCUUCUACUUUUACUCCAUCUUUAAGUGAUGAAACUACCCCAAGUAAUGAUACUGCACCACCUAUGGAUAUAACACCAUCAGCUUCUACAACUAUUCCAAAAGCACGUGAUGAUACUACUCCAAGUACUAAUAAUGCACCAUAUAAGGAUACAACACCAACAGCUUUUACAACUACUUCAAAUGCAAGUAAUGAUAAUACCCCAAGUAAUGAUAAUGCACCAUAUAAGGAUACAACAACAACAGCUUCUACAACUACUCCAAAGAAAAGUCAAGAUACUACUCCAAGCAAUGAUACUGCACCAUAUAUGGAUACAACACCAAAAGACUGUAUCACGACUAACACAGUUAUUACUACCCCAAAUAAGCAAGACACAAUGGUCAGACAAGCAAAGACUAGCAUCAAGACUGUAGUAAAAAUAGGGAACAGAAAAUCCACAACUAUAAAUCAUGUCAGACUUAAUAGAUCGAUUUCUUACCACAUUAACCAAAUAAACAUCAACAAUGUCGACUGUCUGGCCAUCAAUGGGAAUAUCAGAACUUCUACUAAAAAUAAAUAGGCCUACAUAUAGAUAAAAGUAAUAUGUGAUUAUUUAUCGUUAUGGUUGUAAGGACUGAAGCUGAAUGCGUGUUUGUAUACAAUAAAUUAAUUUGUAAGAGUAAAACGACCCUGGGUUUAUACUUUAAGAAAAAAAUAAAAGAGCUCCCAAUAAGAUAAAUAAAACUUA